GUUGGCCUGAUCGCCUCCGCCUAUAGCAUUGCACUCAAGCCCCCUGACUCCUUCCUGGAGGGAGUGGCCAGGACUGGACGGUACACAUUUAUCGCAGCUGCCAUUGGUGCCAUAUUUGGCAUUGCCUCCUGCGUCAGUGCCAAGGUCCGCGAGAAACCCGACGACCCCCUGAACUACUUUAUUGGAGGCUGUGCCGGAGGUCUGACCCUGGGAGCACGCACCCACAGCUAUGGGGUCGGAGCUGCAGCCUGUGCGUACAUGGGCAUGACGGCCGCCCUGGUCAAGAUGGGCCGGCUGGAAGGCUGGAAGGUGUUUGCAGAGCCCAGGGUAUGAGUCCCACCACCUCCCUCAACCUUGGGCAGGUGGAAAUGCCCUAAAAUUAAAUUAUGUGC